AUGCUCACAUUCAUCAGGAACAAGAAACACAUGGAAAGAAGCCUCACCUCAAACAGUAGGCAGGCAGAUAGGUGCUGUGCUUCGCCGGAAGUGUGGAUACUCUGCAAUCCCGGCUCCUAUUUUGUUAAAAAGAUGGCUGAAACUGAAGAAGAAAACCAGCCUGUCCUUGAAGUGGAAGAGGAGGAAGAACCAGCCCUCAACUACAAACCUCCUGCUGAAAAAUCCAUUAAUGAAAUCCUCAAGACAGAUCAGGAUGACGCAAGUUUGGCCAACUAUAAAAAGAAGUUGCUAGGAGAUGCAGCUGAUGCAACUAACGUUAUUGUCUUUCCUGAUAAUAAUUCUAGAGUGGUACUCGAAUCACUGAAGUUGAAAAUCGAUUCCAGGCCAGAUGUAGUUGUUUCCUUGCGGGGUGACCUCUCUGACCUUGUCAAUUCUCCAUUUAUUAUCAAAGAAGGCUGCAAAUAUCGUAUGCAGAUCGACUUCUACGUCCAGCGAGAAAUUGUGUCUGGCCUCAAGUAUCAACAGAGCGUCUUUAGGAGAUUAGUUAAAGUGGACAAAACCAGUUACAUGGUAGGCAGUUAUGCUCCCUCCAAAGAGCUAAAAUCAUAUGAGACACCAGCUGAAGAUGCACCCCAUGGAAUGAUAGCCCGGGGUAAAUACAAUGUGACCAGCAAAUUUGUGGAUGAUGAUAACCAUGAGUACCUCAAGUGGGACUGGUCUUUUGAGAUAAAGAAAAGUUGGGAUUAA